AUGGCCGACCAAAACAACGCCUUCCAGGCCCUGUCAAGCGAUAAUCGCGGUGGUAUCAUCACCUUAAUCUCGGUAUCCCUUCUGAUUGUGGCCAUAAUCUUUGUGCUCGCUAAGGUCAGUUCGGUGAUUUAUUUCAAGCAGCGACGGACAACAGUCAAUACUCCCAUCUGGGUCGCUUUGAUUCUUGCAAUUGUUCAAGUCGUUGUCUUACAGAAGGCUGUUGAUCAUGGACUGGGAAAGCACCAGGACCAGCUUAGCGAAGGCGAUAUUCAGGCCUGGAGCAAGUUUGCCUUCACUGCUCAUAUUCUGCUCAUCAUUGUCUUGUCGCUUUCGAAAAUGUCGACCAUCCUGCUGGGUGCCCUAUUCUACCUGAUUGCAGUCUUCAAUAUCCUCACAGAGAUUAUCAUUGUUGUCCAGCCGUUCAUUAUGAUGCGGAAUGUCCAGAUGGCCUGGCGUAAGCGGGUGAAGAUCCUGUGCUCCUUCUCUUUGCGACUAAGUAUCGUCGGCCUCGGAAUCGCCCACCUAGCCCUCCUACCUUCAUUCGUUCGCUCAACCGACAUCUCCUGGGAUAUUGUCAUUUGGGAAACAGUCGGCCAGACAAUGAUGCUCACAGCCGUCGUAACUGCCUGCGUCCCGACGCUCUACCACAUCUUCGCCGGCCUGCACUCUGGCCUGACCACAACCCAGAUCCCCGACGGAAUCGGGCUCGAACUCCCGCGGACCAAAGCCAGCGGGUAUAUCAACCAAUCCUCCACGGGAGCAAGCCAGUCGCAUUCGCAGUCGCGGUCGCGUGAACGCUCGAAGAAGAAUGGACGGUCAAUGUUUGAUGGAUGGGGAGAAUGGUGA